AUGGCAAAAGAAGGUGAAGAAAUAAAACGGGAAUUGAACGAUCUGCUAAAGCGACGAGCGGAACUAUCGGAACUACUGGAAGCGCUUGAAUCACAAAUAUACCUCUUUGAAGGCUCUUAUCUGGAAGAGACUUCUGAAUAUGGCAACAUCAUCAAAGGCUGGGACCGUCAGGCGUUGCAACAACCCCCCUCUAAAUCUGGGUUACGACAGGACAAGAAGGCAAUGCGGAAACCACGUGAUUCCGACAGAAUCUUCUCCAAUUCGUCGAUCACCCACCAAGCAGCUAUCAAGCAGUCAUCAAAUGGGCUUUUGAAGGGCGGCAUGAAGGAAGAGGACGAUUCUGAUGAGUCGGGGCAACCGGAGUACAAGAAGAAGAAGCGA